UGAUUGUUACAGCUAAUGGUUUCAAAGUGAUACAACGUAUCUAAUAAAAAUUAAAAUGCAACUGCACACAUGUACUCGACACGGUCAUCGACGACAGCGGAGAGCCCAUUUACUGUCUUAAAAAGUGACCUUGCUGUGUAAAGCAACUAAAUGUGGUAGGGUAUCGGGAUCUAAUGUCGUCACUCAGUCAAAACUCUCUACAAGAUACGCAAGAAAAAGCACAACUUUUAGCUGACCUCUGAGAGACACCAGGCGUUAUGCUACGCAUCACUGAGCUAAUGGUCAUUUUUUGGAGCUCUAGUUAGUUGGAUCUUUUUUUAUCAUUGUGCAAUCCUUACUUCUUUGCUGGUUAAUAAAACCCCGCUUAUCUCGUGGACUAUUCGUUAGUUUCGGUAGAUCUUUCGUGAACGGAACAUAUCACUCUCCCCGCAAAGAUGGUUGUUGAAUCGGUGGAAAAGUGCCCAGCGAGCUUCGAGCCGUACCAGUGCACCCUGUCCGAUGAUCUGCAGAAGCUGGCCAAGGAGCAGCUGGGCGAGGACGAAGCGAUCCGGGAGCACUCGCUCGGACAGCUUCGCGACUGGAUCGCCAAGCAUCCGUACAUCCGUAAGUGCCGUACGGAUGCCCGAUUCUUGCUGCGAUUCCUGCGCCACCGAAAGUAUUCCGUUCCGAAGGCCCAAGAAUCGAUUGAACGGUAUCUGGUGGUGAGACAGCGACUUCCGGAGUGGUACCAGAAGCUGGAUCCCCGUGAUGCGACCCUGAAGCAGAUGCUCGAUGAGCUGGUAUUGUCCGUUCUAGGGCAUGACGAAAACGGUCGACUGGUCCUUUUGGCCCGAAUGGGUCGAUUCAACACGGAUAACCUUAUUCCGAUGCACCUGUUCCGGUUCUUAACCAUGCUCUCGGAGUACCUGCUCGACAACGACGAAUCUCUUCAAGUGGCGGGACUCCGCAUCUGGAUCGAUCACUCCAACACGCCGCUCAAAUACUUUGGCCUGUGGGGUAUCAACGAUCUUAAGGUGUCGAUGGAAUCGAUCUCGAAGCUGAUGCCGUUCCGUCUUUACGAAGUACGCUUUGCCGAGCUGGCAUCGACUGCGACUUCGCUGAUCAACAUGGCAAUGUCCAUGGGCGGUCCGAAGCUGAAGGAAAGAGUAACGUUCUACUCGACCGUGGAGGAGUCCAAGCCGCACUUUGAGGAGAAGCUGUGGAUCAAGGAGUACGGUGGCUCGCUGGACGCGGCUGAGCUGAACCGAAAGCUGGGUGAGCAGCUGGAGAAGGCCAGAGACGAGCUGCUGGCCCUGGACGAGAUGGAGAUCGAUGUCGAGCACUAUUCGGCACUGUGGAAGCUGGACCUGAACUCGGGCGAAAUCGACGGAGGAAUCGCCGGAAACUUCCGCAAGCUGGAGGUGGAUUAACGUCGUACAAGGAGUGACGAACGUGACUUAAUUGUUAUUGUUUUUUUGUUGCUAGAUGCUUUAGUUUUGUAAGUGCACUAUCAUGCUGAAUAAAAUUACGUGUGGCACGCUGUUUAA